AUGAGAUUGAUAUUUCUAUUUCUAUUUCUAUUUUCAAUCAGCCUGGCUAAUGCCAAUGUAGUGAAACGGGCCGCUCCAGAUGGAAAACCUCCAGGCAAACCAUUGGAAACCGGAAAACCUCCAGGCAAUCCAUUGGAAACCGAAAAACCUGCAGGCAAACCAUUGGAAACCGGAAAACCUGCAGGCAAUCCAUUGGAAACCGGAAAACCUCCAGGCAAUCCAUUGGAAACCGAAAAACCUGCAGGCAAACCAUUGGAAACCGGAAAACCUGCAGGCAAUCCAUUGGAAACCGGAAAACCUCCAGGCAAUCCAUUGGAAACCGGAAAACCUCCAGGCAAACCAUCGGAAACCGGAAAACCUCCAGGCAAACCAUCGGAAACCGGAAAACCUCCAGGAAAACCAUCGGAAACCGGAAAACCACCAGGCCAUCCAUCGGAAACCGGAAAACCACCAGGCCAUCCAUCGGAAACCGGAAAACCUCCAGGAAAACCAUCGGAAACCGGAAAACCACCAGGCCAUCCAUCGGAAACCGGAAAACCACCAGGCCAUCCAUCGGAAACCGGAAAACCACCAGGCCAUCCAUCGGAAACCGGAAAACCACCAGGCCAUCCAUCGGAAACCGGAAAACCUCCAGGAAAACCAUCGGAAACCGGGAAACCACCAGGCCAUCCAUCAGAAACCGGAAAACCACCAGGCCAUCCAUCGGAAACCGGAAAACCACCAGGCCAUCCAUCGGAAACCGGAAAACCUCCAGGCAAACCAUUGGAAACCGGAAAACCUCCAGGCAAACCAUCGGAAACCGGAAAACCUCCAGGCUGGCCAAACAAUGGAAAUGAUCAAAAUCACGGGAACGGACAGAAUCACGGAGAUUGGCCAAACAACGGAAAUGGACAAAAUCACGGAGGGUGGCCAAACAACGGAAAUGAUCAAAAUCACGGGAACGGACAAAACCACGGAGGGUGGCCGAACCACGGAAAUGGACAAAAUCACGGGAACGGACAGAAUCACGGACAGUGGCCGAACAACGGGAAUGGUCAAAAUCACGGAAAUGGUGAAAAUCACGGAGGGUGGCCGAACAACGGAAAUGGACAAAAUCACGGAAAUGGUGAAAAUCACGGAGGGUGGCCGAACAACGGAAAUGGACAAAACCACGGGAACGGACAAAACCACGGAGGGUGGCCGAACAACGGAAAUGGACAAAAUCACGGAAAUGAUCAAAAUCACGGGAACGGACAGAACCACGGAGGGUGGCAGAACAACGGAAAUGGACAAAAUCACGGAAAUGGGGAAAAUCACGGAGGGUGGCCGAACAACGGAAAUGGACAAAAUCACGGAAAUGGACAAAAUCACGGAGAUUGGCCAAACAACGGAAAUGGACAAAAUCACGGAGGGUGGCCAAACAACGGAAAUGAUCAAAAUCACGGGAAUGGUCAAAAUCACGGGAACGGACAGAAUCACGGACAGUGGCCGAAUAACGGAAAUGGUCAAAAUCAUGGACAAAAUCACGGACAAUGGCCGAAUAACGGAAAUGGACAAAAUCACGGACAAUGGCCGAACAACGGACCUGAGCAACACAGCGGACCUUUGCAAAACAACUGGCCAGGUCAAAACAACGGACCUUGGCAAAACAACUGGCCAGGCCAAAACAAUGGGCCUUGGCAAAACAACUGGCCAGGUCAAAACAAUGGGCCUUGGCAAAACAACUGGCCAGGUCAAAACAAUGGUCCCUGGCAAAACAACUGGCCAGGUCAAAACAUCGGGCCUUGGCAAAACAACUGGCCAGGUCAAAACAACGGACCGUGGCAACACAGCGGACCUUGGCAAAAUAAUGGACCCUGGCAGCAUCCUGGUAACUGGCCAAAUCCUGGACCAGGAGCAAACAACGGUUCGUGGCCAAAUCACGGUGGUUCAGGAGGGCACAAUGACGAAGAUCACGAACAUAAUCAUGAGAAACCAGAAAAGAAAAAACCAAAGCACAAACCAAGACAUGAUACCAGGUCUUCCGAAGAUGAUUAUUAUGAUGAUUAGUGAGUUUCAAUUUUUAUUAAGUGAAAGGAACUUAACAUAAUUCAUUUUUUCAGUUUCCCAUACUAUCAACCAGUUUUGGUCCCAAUUCAAGUUCAACAACCACAAAGAGCACCGGUUUUCCCGUAUUAA